AAAAGCACUUGCGUUAAUUGAUAACCGGAUAAUCGAUGAUGAUAAAAGGAAGAGAGAGUACUGCUAAAAUUACAGUCUCUACAUUUUAAUUUCCGGAGGACUGUCCUGUGUUAGAAUUUCUCAAAAAAAUGGUGACAUCUGGAAAUCUUCACCCCCUUCUGCUGAUUGUCGGAGGCCUUCUAGUGGUCGGGGUCCAAACCUACCCCAGACAGCUAGACUCUCAUCAAGAGUUCGAGAUAACAGAAUUCGCAACAGCAAAAGACUUCGACAUUCUGAAGCUGACCCAGCAGUGGCCGCUGACAAUAUGUGCUACAUUUUCAAAUAACGGUAUGGCAGAAUUUUGUGACUCAAUUAGAGGUAAUCAAUGGACAAUCCACGGACUAUGGGCCACGAAAUUGCACACUCGGAAGCCGGCAUACUGCGAUGACAGCGCAAAAUUCAAUGCUACAGCUGUAGAAUCAAUUGAGAAUAGGCUGAAUGUCAAAUGGCCGAGCUUAAAAAAAGGGCGAAAUGCCUCUCGAGGGUUUUGGGCACACGAGUGGGAGAAGCAUGGAACAUGUUCAGCCAUCCUCACACCCAUCAAUACACAGCGGAAGUAUUUCACAAAGACAAUGGAACUCAGUGACAAGUACAACGUGGAGGACCUCCUGGAGAGGGUGAAUAUUGUUCCAGGAAGAUCGUAUUCGAUUCAAAGCAUUGUCGAUGGGCUCAGUCGACUUCUGGGGAAACGCUGUGGUGUCAGUUAUGUCUGCAGUCGAUUGAAUCAAAGGUCGUAUCUGUCGGAAAUCCAAAUAUGCUUCGACAAGUCAUUCAAGUUGGUUGACUGCGAUAACAGUAUAAACUCCUCAAAGGGGUGUUUCGCUACACAAAAGAUCAUCUAUCCAAAUGUGCUACCAGAUUUAUAACUUUAACGAACCUGACGACAACAGCAAUAAACCCUAUCUGAUGAUUAUUGUAAACCAUCAAUAGCUAAAUAAAUUAAGCAAGAUUUUUCGCUUCUUCUUGUGUCAGAAAAAAAUUGUAAAUUUAUUUAAAAACCUGACCAAACUGGACGUCUCAGUUGUUACUGACUGUGCUUCACUUUUGUGAUAAUAAAGAGGUCCAGAAAACGUCUGAAAUGACUGUCAAGACGACUCCAUUGACAGACAUGAAGAAAAAAAUCAAUGUAAGAUACUGCAGUCAAAGAUUAUAGGGGAGAUUACUAACAUUUAUGG